AUGACAAAAUCAAAUAAAGAGAAAUUUAUGAAGAAUAAAGAUAACAAUCCAUCAAAAUCUACAGAAUCUUUGACAGAUAUAGAUGAUCAACCAAGAAAUUUACCAUCCCCAAACCAAUCACAAUUAUUUCCUGGUUCAUUUUCAACAAAUUCAACCUUGAGUGACCCACCAAAUAUACUGUCUCAAAGUGACAAUGAAUCUAGAAAAAUUAGAUUACCAAGUCCUUCUUCGAUCCUCAAAAUAAAUGAAAGCUCAAAUAUACAGACGCAACAACAACCGCAGCUUGGUUCAACUAACUAUCAACAACAACAAUCACCUAAUCAGUUACCAAGCUUGUCGUUGUACUCAUCCAAUCCAGAAUCAAGUUAUAUUCCAGUUAAUUAUCAAUUACAACCAAAUCCAGGAAAUUUACCACUCAUAAACCAGACACAAGCUCAAUACGCACAAUUUCCACAACAGCAGCAGCAGCAGCCUCAACCGCUACAGCCUCAACCGCCUAACAUUGAUUCAUCCUCAAUAAUAAGUGAACAACGUAUUUACUAUCAGCAACCACAAGAUAAUCAACCUAUGUCAAGUUCAAGUCAUUCACAAAUUCCACAACAAACAUCAUAUCAACAACAUCAUCAGAAUUUUUAUUCGUCCCAGCUACCACAGCAGCAAUUUCAGCAACCACCAAAUCAAAUGUAUCAACCUCAACAUAAUUAUCCUACACAACACCCUCCAUAUCAAUUUGAAAGUCAAUCACAGCAGAUUUAUCAAAAUCCCAAUUUUCCACAACAGCCAAAUUUAAUCUCAUUAAGAAGAAAAUCAAAACAAUCCACUACUUGGACACCAGAAGAAGAUGCACUAUUAAGAUAUUUAAAAGAAGAAUUGAAAUAUGGCUGGAGUCGAAUUUCAUCGUAUUACGGAGGUUCUCGUAGUAGUUUUGCAUGUCAAUUUCGUUGGAGAAGAAUAAUUAGCGCUGAGAGAGCUAACUUAAACUCAAAUCCUAAUGCUAAACAAACCACUGAUUUUACAAAUGAAGGUGAUAAUUUACAGCAAAAUUUGUUAAGGGGUAAUCCUUCAUUAGAAAAUAUAAAAACAGACGCUACCACUCAAAUUUUCGAAUUGAGUCAAACUCAAGCUCAUCAUCAAUCACAAGAGAUACAUCAAUUAGAUAAGGUUAAAUUGGAGAAAAAACGUCCUAGCAACGAUGAUGAGAAUGAUGAAGAUCAUGAUAAAAAAAAGCAACAGCAUAAUAUUAAUUUUUUACUAAAUUGA